GGUAUUGGGCAGGCCGAUGCCCCGCCAGCGACGGCGGCAGCGACAGGGCGGAGGAAGCGGCGGCGGACGAGAACCGCCAAGAACUCGGAGGAGAUGGAGAGCCAGCGGAUGACCCACAUUGCCGUCGAGCGCAACCGCCGCAAGCAGAUGAACGAGUACCUCGCCGCGCUCCGCUCCCUCAUGCCGCCCUCCUACGCGCAAAGGGGCGAUCAGGCGUCCAUCGUUGCAGGCGCAAUCAACUUCGUCAAGGAGCUGGAGCAGCGGGUCCAAUCGCUGGAAGCGCACAAGCUGACAACCCGGCAAUGCGCGGUCGCCGACGGAGAAGCACCACCGCCGCCAUUCGCCAAUUUCUUCACCUUCCCACAGUACUCCAUGAGCGCUACCUCUGCACCAACGCCUCCGGCGAACAAUGAGGCUGCCGAGGGCGGAGCCGAGGCCGAGGAGUCUGGAUCAAAGCCGUCCGCGGUGGCCGACGUGGAGGUGACCAUAGUGGAGAGCCACGCUAACCUGCGGAUGCUGUCCCGGCGGCGGCCGAGGCAGCUGCUGCGGCUGCUGGUGGCGCUGCAGCGCCACCGGCUCACCGUGCUGCACCUCAACAUGACCGGCGCCGGCCACAUGGUGCUCUACUCGCUUAACCUCAAGGUGGAAGAUGACUGCCAACUUACCUCAGUGGACGAGAUCGCCACCGCGGCUCACCAGAUCGUCGAGAGGAUCCAACAAGAGCAAGAGUGUGUAGCUUAA